CAAAAAUACAAUACAUAGAUUUGCAAAAAUAGCUGGUUCGGCAUUUAAUUGAAAUUUUUAAUUAAAUAGUAAUAAGUAAAGUAAAAAUUAGUUAAAACGAUAUUUGGAAUGUCGAUUUACGUAAAUUCAGUGUUGAGGACAACUCACAAUUCACGGAUUUUUGUACCUUAUCGGUGUAUUUAUGUAACACAAGUUCAGCAUCUUUAUUCACAAUCAUCCCUUGGAAUUGAUGGCUACUUGCAUACAAGAAAAAGGAUGAAAGAGCAAUUUGCAAAUUUCACAGAUAAGUUUAGAACAAAAAUGUCAGAAUUUGUUACGGACCCUAAAAAUAUGAUAUUUACAGAAGAUUUAAAAAAUAUGGUUCACUUAGCUGAGCCUGCAGAUUUAGAGCUUGUAACAAAUAUGAUUAAAAAGUUUAACUCUGACAAUACUGAAUUUCGAUUUGGGUCAUUUGUGUUUGGCCCUGUUGUAAUGAGAAUGUUCCACUUCCUGGAUGCACCAAAUGAAGCUUUAAAAUGUUUUGAAGAUUCUUACAAGAGUGGAUUUUUUGACCAACUAGUUUCAUACCAGAUUUUAAUGGAUCUGUUGUAUAACCAUGAAAUGUAUGAUGAUAUUUAUAGGGUGUUUGAAAAGGUUCAAGAGAGACAACUCAAUAUGACAAAGUUUCCUAAAUAUCCCAUUGUGUUAGUGUUUGCAGCUUGUUAUAAACAGAACACACCAGAAAGUAUGGAAUAUGCAUCAAAGUUAUGGACAGAAAUGACAAAUAUAGGUACAGUACCUCUGAGAAGAACCAGCACUUUCUUUGCAGCUCUGGCUCUGAAACAAGGGAAACCACACAUUGCUUUAGAGUCCAUAUCGACACAAAAAAAGCACUAUGUCACUGUCAGGAAUAUAAAGGUUAUGGGCUUAGCAGACAUGGGACGAGUGGAGGAUACUUUCCCAGUUCUACGGGCAGUAAUAGAUAUAGAUGUUCCAGAGCAAAUUGGCAAACACACUUUCUUUGAGGAAACGAUAUCUCGAGUGCGACAGGCAGUCGAAUUGUCUAAAAAUCCAGAUGUCAAAGAGGAAUUUGAAAAUAUCGAAAAGGCGUUAAGGGACCGCGAUCUAAUCGACCAACAGACUUUAGAUCAGCUACUGAAUUCGGAGAUAACAGUAAUGAAGAAGGAGCAACCUCGAGGCAUGCCCUCGCAGGUCAAACGGUUCCCGUAUGCCCAAAGACAUAGCAGAACUUCAAGCAUAUCUUGAAUAUUUAUAGACUUACUACAAAUAUUUAAGAUAAGUAACUACAAAUACUUAAUAUGAAGCCGGCCUGAAAUAUAUAUUUGUUUAAUAUAAAAUCUUUUGCCCUACUCAGACAAGUUAACUUUAAAAGUUUUUGUCGUCACUUUCUUUGGUAUAACAAUAGAAUGAAAUAACAAGUGAAACAACAGACUUAAUGAAAUAUGAGAAUAAUUUGACGUCUCGUGACUAUGGCCGUUGAUAUAAUUUAUUACCAGUGCUUGUCAAACUGUUGUUAAUUUUUAAUAUGUCAAGUGAAAAUGUAGCUGGACGAAAAGUAAAGUCCAAUAAUGUAUUUAUUGUUUCAUUAAUAAAUUUAAAUGAAGGUAAAAAUAUCCAAAGGCACAGGUCAUAUUUAGUGCUAUCCAUUUUUUUUUUAACCUAA